UCUGUAAUUUUAAACUUAUGAACGACUAUAAUUUGUGCAAAAAUUCGUUUUCUCUUAAAAACGGAUAGUAAAUUUAUAAUAAAUCUGGAAGGCAGCUCUUAAAUAUUAAGUGUAUUAUCUAUGACGACAGUUCAUGUAGCGAUACAAUAUCACCAUAAGUAGAAUUAUCUUUUACAGUAUUGAGAAAAGGGAAUGCAAAGAUACGGCACAAAGCACAAUUGAGGGAAACAAAUAGUCAGAAAACCAGGUAGAUUGAAGAUCGAUACAUAAAACUUGCGGACAAAAAGAUGAAUAAGAUUUAUAAGCCAGGAGAAUGUAUGAAGUAUAUGUACGUGGAGAUUCAUCCUGUGCUAGCUGAAGCUUGGUACAUGGCGGACGUCUCACGGGAGGUGACUUCUGCGUCUGCCCAUCUCAUAACCACAUCAAGUAUCUGCGACCCUGCUUUGGUUAUGUGGAGCAGGCAGGUGCCGCAGACCUUGAUCAAUGAUGAUGGACUGGCGAAGCUAAGCCCGCAGAGCGAGCGCGCCUCGCUGGCGCUGUACGUGUGUACUGCGGAGGAGGCGGCUCGGCACGUGCGGGCGGGGUCGCUGGGCGCGCACGUGCGCCGCGUGCGGGACCUGGCCGGCGCCGCGUUGACUCUCGUCGUCUUCGGCGUCAACGAUUACUUCAAGUCGUGCGGCCGCAAGACAAUGAACAGCAGCCGGAAACUGAUCGGGGAACUUGAUUUGGAGCUCGCUAUUACCGAUUUGCUGGUGACGACCGACUGUGACACGGUCCUGGUGAACUCCUCGAGCGAACUGGCACUGCUGAUCGUCCAGCACACCAAGGCGAUAGCCGAGGCGCCGUACAAAAUGUCGAAGCGCGCUUACGACGAGCAAUCCGAAUUGUACUUGCGGGGAGAAAACAGGAAAUGCGUCACCGUCGACAAACAAGGCAACGGAGUCAGUCGGCUGUGGCAACAGAUGAUAGCUGUACUGCCACAUUCCAGUUUAGAAACGUCGAGAGCAUUGUGCGCUAAAUAUCCAACUCCGCUUGACCUGUAUGAGUCCCUUAACUCACCGGAUAGUGUUAAUGAAUUGGCGAACAUCGGUGUAUCAAGAACCGCUGUCCCGGGUUCAAAGGCGCGUCGCAUUGGACCUGAAUUUGCCAGGAAAUUACACACAUUGUUCACAGUCACCGACGGAGAUAUUUUGUUAGAUUGAUUUAUAAGUAUUUAUUAUUAAAUAAAUUAUUACAUAAAUUAUUACAUAAA